AUGCAUCGAUUUUUUUCUGAGCUGGAGCCAUCUGUAACCGUCACCGAGCAAAACCUGGCAGAACGAGUUCGGUAUAUCUUGCGCUUCAAUACAUUUGAUGUCACCAAACUCGAACGGCUACGACGUGAGGCUGUUCUUUCAUCGGAUGACAAUGUUACGGCUGAGGAUGCGGCGCCACUACUUGCAGAGCAACCGGCAAACGUGGAUGCCGCCGUGAAUACCCCAGUUUUGGUUGAUUCAAACGGUGAUGGAACAGUCGCCCAGGAACUAUAA